AUGGGUAUCGGAGAGGGGGUGCUGGGGAUGGAACCCCCUCCGGCCUCCCUGAGCACCGCCCCUCCCAGCUCCAUGGGUAUCGGAGAGGGGGUAGCUCGGGGAUGUGUGAUGUUUCUCCUUCAGUUCCCCAGGCUGCCCCUCCUCCUCCUCCUCCUCCCCCUGUCCUGUGAUGCCUGUCCGUCAGGAUGUCACUGCUACAGCCUGACUGUAGAGUGUGGAUCUCUGGGACUCCGAGAGAUCCCACAGAGAGUUCCUGACACAACACAGACAGUAUUCCUGCAGGACAAUGCUAUCGUCCACAUCCGUCGUUUGGACCUGUCAGGGCUGGGCCGGCUGCUCCACCUCUAUCUCCAGAACAACAGCAUCUCAGCCUUGGAGCCUGGGGCUUUCCUGGCUCAGGGCCCGCUGCUAGAGUUAGCCCUCAAUGGGAACCUCAUCCACCUGCUUACCCCGGACACCUUCACCGGCCUGGACCACCUCCGCAUCCUCUACCUGGCAGCCAAUCAGAUCACACGGCUGCAUGAUCACACUUUUACUGGGCUGCAGAGUCUACAGGAGCUACACCUCCAGGAGAAUAGUAUAGAGGUGCUGGGUGACCAAGCUCUGUCUGGACUCUCCUCUCUGGCUCUCCUGGACCUCAGCAGGAACCAGCUACACACUCUCGGACCAGCUUCCAUACGGCCCCUCGUCAGCCUGCAGGUCCUCAGAGUCACAGAGAACCCGUGGCGGUGUGACUGUGCUCUCCACUGGCUGAGGUCGUGGAUCGACGCUGAGGGUCAGAGGUUUCUGAGCUGGUCGGAGCGCCGUCUGCUGUGUGCCGAACCCCCUCGCCUGGCAUACCUCAGUCUGUUGGAGGUGGCAGCUAACAGCCUGGUGUGUAUCCCUCCUGUUUUACACCUGGAGCCCAGCCAACUCACCGUGCAGCUGGGAGAGAGUCUCAGAGUGGCCUGCCAGGCCUCUGGAUUCCCCCGGCCCCUGGUCACCUGGAGAAAGAUCUCCCAGGGCAGGGCCCUGCUAGGGCCCAGAGGACAGCUGCAGGAGCUGGGAGGAGACGGGGACACGAGGAGACAGGAAAGGGGAGAAGAGGGGGUGAAGAGGAGAGGAGGAAGAGGAGGAGGGGUAGCAAGGGAUGUGCGGGGGCCAAUGGGCGUGCUGACAGAGGAGGAAGUGGAAGGGGGAGAGAUGGAGAGCUUCGACCCGGACACAGGAAGUGGAAUGCUGUUCCUAAGCAACGUGACGGUGGCUCACGCCGGGCUCUACGUGUGCGAGGCCUUGAACCCUGGUGGGGUGGCCCACAUGACCUUUCACCUCGCCAUCAACACGACGUCAUCAACCGCGCUCUGGCCUCGGCUGCACUCCUCCUCGUCGUCCCUCUACCUGGGGGAGGAGGUGGGGGUUAGCCAGGAGCUCCUGUACGAUAUGGGCAGUAUGGACUUCUCGGCUCUGGGCCCGGCCGCUCAGACUGUCAUCGCAGCGAGCAUCUCUCUGCUGGUUCUGAUCGUUCUGCUGCUAGUCCUUCUGAUCUACAGUCGCCAGCAGCAACACAAACAGCCAUUCUGCAGCAGUAGUAGAAGCAGCAGUAAGGAAGAGAGGAUAUUGUACGUUAAUAACUACUCAGACGGGCCCACCACCUUCUCUCAGCUGGAAGAGUACCGUGACGACGCUGGACAGAUGACGUCCAUCCACAACUGCUCCUGCCCUGGCCCCGCCCUGCCAACACAUGCAGGACUCCUAGCCAAUCAGCAGGCGGCGCUGGUACUACAGGAAGUUAUUCAUGCCCAGGUUAGGAAGGUAAAGAACCUUUUACAUUGUGCCCCCCCCAAAAAAAUCCUAUAAAAUACUCUAAAUAGGAUUGUUAAACACAGUGAAGCUAAAACUUUUCAUUUGGCUUUGUACUCCAACAUUUUGGACUUAAGAUCAAAUGUUUUAUAUGGAGGUGACAGUACAGAAUGUCACCUUUUUAUUCGUGGGACAUUUUCAUGCAAAACUGUUUUACCGUUUAGAGAUGAAUGUAUUUUAUGUAUCUAGUCCCCCCCAUUUGAAGGUGUCAUACAUAUUUAAAGAAUUUAUUUUAUAGUGUUUUACAUUUAGUCAAAAGUUUAGUAUUUGGUCCCAUAUUCCUAAAAUGCAAUGAUUGCAUCAACUUUCUGACUCUACAAACUGGGAUGCAUUUGCUGUUUGUUUUGGUUGUGUUUCAGAUUAUUUUGUGCCCAAUAGAAAUGAAUGGUAAAUAAUGUAUUGUGUCAUUUUUGGAGUCACUUUUAUUGUAAAUAAGAUGUUUCUGAACACUUCUACGUGAAUUUUGUUGUUCCCAUGAUUACAGAUAAUCAUAAAUGAAUCGUGAAUAAUGAUGAGUGAGAAAGUUAGACGCGCAAAGACCAUUCCUCUAAAACAUGAUAACCUCUGACCAUUACCAAUACCAGGGAAGGUUAGUAUGUUUAUUUAUAUGGAACCCCAUUAGCUGCUC